AUGUCCCUCACAGAAGAGCAGCUCGACCGGGCCCUCUCCCACAUCGAGUAUCCCCGGUCCCAGCAUGCCGCCGACCCCUUGCGGCGCCUGCAGCAGCUGAUGCUGCACCAUGUCGCCCGCGUGCCCUUUGAGAACGUCGGUCUGCACUACAACCCGACGCACCGACUAUCGCUGGCCCUCGACGACCUGUUUGACAAGAUUGUCGUCCGCAGCAAGGGCGGCUACUGCCUCGAGCUCAACGCCCUCUUUGCCGCCAUCCUGCGCGGGCUCGGGUACACGGUGCUCACCGUCGGCGGCCGCGCUGGUGCGUCUGACUUCCUUCUCUCCCGCCGUCUGUCGUCCCGUACCAACACAUUCCCCCUUUCCCGGGGGGGCUCCAAGGUCCCACAUGUGCCUGCUCGUCACGAUAGACGGCGCGCGCCGUUCCCGCUCAUCUCCGGCACCGAGUUCACCGUGCUGGCGCCGCGCCGCGGCCGCCUCGAGUACCGCAGCAUCGACCUGCACACGGACCCGACGCAGCGUCUGUGGGUGUACUCGACGCGCGACAGCCUCGACGACGACGCCGCGCCGUGGGUCGAGCAGUACUGCUUCGUCGAGCUCGAGCACUUUGCCGCCGACUACCACCAGAUGAACUACUACACCAGCACCAACCCGCAGAGCUUCUUCAUGCCGCACCUGCUCGCCGUCCGCGCACUCGUCGCGCCCGACCCCGCGACCCCGGGCGACGUGCGCCUGGCCGGCAUGCUGACCUACUGGCGGGACGAGGUCCGCCGCAGGAGCGAGGGCAGCAUGGAGAGGCGCGUCGUGGACACCGCCACGACCGAGGCGGAAAGGAUCGCGGCGCUGGAGAAGUGGUUCGGGAUCCCACUGACCGAGGCCGAUCGUGAAAGCAUCUUUUCUACCGGGUUGGCGCUUGACCGCGGCCCAGAGCAGCCGAUACAGUAG